UUAUGUUGUUACUGUGUUUCAAGGAGCGUAAUAGUGUUUGUGAUUAUGUGUCGCAUUUUGUAAUAUUCCGAGUCUACUUGAACUUGACGUAUUGAAGACAAAAACAAUAAUUGUGAACAUAAUCUUACUAUUCUUUACUUGAAGGAUAUAUUGUUUUUAAAACAAAUUUUAACUCUCAUCAUGGGUAAAGGAUUUAAUAAUUAUAUGUGUAAGAAAUUCUUUCAUCCUGCUUCAAGAGAUAACUUGAAACGGGUAUGGAUGGCAGAACAGAAAACAGAAGCAUACAAAAAAAAACAAGAAGAACUAAGAGUCCAGUAUGAAAAAGAGCAAGAAUUACAUGAAAACAAAGCAUUAUUGAGCAAAGAUAGCAAGGACAAACUCAGCCUCAAUUUUAUGUAUGAACCACCACCUGGUGUAAAAAAAGAGCGUGAACGAGAAGAUAAUGAACCAGAGUAUAAAUUUGAAUGGCAGCGAAAAUAUAAUGCCCCAAGAGAGAGCUAUUGCAAGGGUGAUAAUGAAAUUCGUGAUCAACCAUUUGGUAUACUUGUCAGGAAUGUAAGAUGUAUUAAGUGUCAUAAAUGGGGUCAUAUUAAUACUGAUAAAGAAUGUUCAAUGUAUUCACUGUCUAUGAGUGAGGCUCGUGCCUUACAAGCCUCUACAUCAGCACCUGAAGAAGAAGAAGCCAAACCUGAUGUACCCACACUCAUGCAGCAAAUGCGUGAUACUGGAUUAGUGAUGAAACCUGGGGCUAUGCCAUUGGCUGCUACAAAAGUAGAAGAUAAUGAUGCAUCUAACUUCACUGAACUGGAUCUUAUCAGCCAACUAACAAAAAAACAAAAGAAGAAGCUGUUGAAAAAACUUGAGAAAUUGGAAAAGAAGAAGGAGAAAAAACACAAGCACAAGCACUAAAGAAUAUUUUCGUACAAAAGCUAAAUAUUUGUUAUAUCUUUAUUGUAUUUGAAACACUGUGUUUCUUAAUAUUGCGUUCUAAUCCUUUUCUAUAAAAAAGGAGUUUCCAAUUAUAUUGGACAUUCUUGCAUGUAUGUGACCAACUUUGAUUGGUUCUUUUGUAAUAUAAAUUAUAUUUAAUUAUUAUAUUUAUACUUAACUGUAUUACAAACACAGGUACUAAACCAGGCUAUAAUAAAUAA